AUUAGAGACUAAAUUCUUAAUAGUUAAGAAGCAGACGGAGCAAAUGUCUACGAGCGAUCGUAGCACACCGUCGAUAAAAUGUUACCGACCGAGCGGCGAGCUCCACGGCAAGCUCCGCGGCGGUUAUUGUAUACACGACUCGGCAUAGGCGCAUGCAGUCGGCCGAUUUCGGGAGUAUUGCGUCUCACGCAAUCGAGUUUUUUGAAAGAAGUACGCGAGUGUGACAAAUUUUGUGAAGAAGUGUGAAGACAGAAGUAUCUCUUCGUCGGGGAGGCAGCAGGCUGACGGUGUUUCAUCGCAGACGGCAGAAGGCGAGAGAGAAUUGGCUGGAGUCGGCGUCCGCCGUUGCAUUUGGCGCGUGCUCUCUUUAUCUCAUUGCCACAAAGAAGCACCUUUGCAGAAAUGAACAUCAUACUCAAGUCAUGGGGCUUUCCGAACUUAGUAGAUGUUUUUAAACAGAAUGAUAUACUAACUAUAGAUGCUCUGAAUGCUUUGAUGGAUGAUCCUGACGAACUCAAAAAUGUUAUUCCAAGUGCUGGUGUGCGUAUAUUGCUUAAAAAAAAAUUACGUGAACAUAUUGAAGUCAAUGAACAGAUAAAGUUCGAACUCUCGGCAACUGAAAAUUCGUUACUUGAGGACUCGUUGAAAGAAGAAGAAUUGCAAGGUCUUGAAACUACAGAAGAAGUUGAAGCAAAUGACGAAGAUACAAUCGAUGUAGAAUACGUCGAACAUCAAACAACUCCUGAUGGAGAGCCAGCUUGUAAAAAGCAACGAAUAUCAACUGCAGUCAACGACUUAGAUCUCAAAGCUCUGCUGGAAGACCAUGCUCUUGGGCCAUCGAUAUUGAGGGUAUAUGAAGCGAAAAAAGAGCUUUGUUCUGCUUCUCAAUCGUACUUAGUAGAAAUUAUUACUCUUCACUUCUUAAGAGACAACAAUUUAAGGUUAACUGACCAUGAUUUUAAAGUAUUAGCUGAUAAAAUACUCGAACUUUUUCCAGAAGAAUGUCUGCAAACUUAUUAUGUAGGCUCUGUGAAAAAAAAUGAAUCCAGACGAAACAAGCAUGAGCGAUCCAAGGGAAAAUUGGUUGAUAAAUAUAGAAACCGACGUACGUACAUCCUACAAUCACAUAAACUUUCAUCUCAAUGUCAGUCAACCGCAAAACGAGUGCCAGUUACAAAUAAUUUAGAUGUACAAAGUGCCCUUGAAAGCAAAGAAUGGCUUGUUAUAAAUAGAGAGAAGAGGGAAGUUCUAAAACAUUGGGAGUUCACAUUCAAUUUGCGCCAGACUGAUGCCAAGAAUCAAGAAUAUCAAACUGUAGCUGAUAUUUAUAAGAAUUGGCCAAUUUUAGAAGAAUCUUAUGGUUUCGAACUUAUUGAAAAGGAUUUUUUACAAACAUAUUUAAACCCUUUUGAGAAUAUAUGUAAACGAUGGAAUGAUGUCUUUUCUCAUGCAGCUGCUAUCUUAAAAGAUAAGCUAACAAAAGACGAUAGACUUAUUUUAGACUCGUUAGAAGAGCUGGAUUGUGAAUCUAUGACGGAUUACGACACACUUAUACAAGUUAAGUUAUUGAACUCCUUCGUAGCACCAAAAGCCACAAAAAUUUCCUAUAAAAAAUCUGGAAAAAAAAGUCUGUGGAAACCCUCUAAAGCAGAAGCAGAAGAAGGUAUUAUUAUUCAUGUAAAGAUUCCUGGCGAUAUUGAAAAUGAAGUCAACAAGAAGAGGAAUAAGAUGUCUAAUAUGAAGCUGUCUCUUCAGCCAUUUAUAAUUCUCGUUGGCGUAAAUUUAAAACGUAUAGAUCAAUUUUUCGUGCGUGUUGAUACGGUUACGUAUGAGUUGCCUUCACUUGCAAAAGCAAUCGACAUUUUAUUUAAACUGUAUAUAUUUUUCAAUAUCUCAUACCCCGUAGAAUGUGAAAAUUUAUUUUACUUUAUUCAAUGGGCCGUAUAUGAUAUUAUAACUGAGUCAGACGUUAAAAUACCUUCUGUGUGUACAUUGGUGCAUAAAGUUAAAAAGCGUUUAGUAGAGGCUGCAAAAAACUAAUCAAAAUGCAUUGUCCUAUCUGUACUUUGCAAAUAUUUAAUGAUGUCAACGUUUUUUUGCGACAUUUGAAAAUUUACCAUCAGCAUCUUGAUAAUCAUAAAUGCGUGUAUAGUACAUGUUUUCGUACAUUUAGUACAAUUUUAACUCUAAGAAAGCAUAUUAGUAAUUGUGAUCAAAAAGAUACGAAAAUACGUUCUAGUUAUAAUUAUUUUAAAAACAAGCAACUUGCCAAAAAAAGAUAUAGUUAUUUGCGACUUCGUAGUAAUCCAUCAAUCGUAGGUAAUAGCAGUACUUUAACUAUUUCUACUUUGCAUGCAAAUAGUUUUGAAAAGAAUCUUUUUAAUAUGAUAGGAAAACUGUAUGCAAACAGCUCAAUAACUAACGCAGUUGUAGACUUGGUUAUGAAAGACGUUAUGGCACUAAGCAGUGAACUCGUAGGUUUACAUAAGAGUAAAUUGAAAGAAAUGAUUCCGAUAGAAUAUCACAAAGAAAUAGAUGAUUGUUUGCAAGUAUCAAAUAUUUUUGAAAACUCCAACACAGAAUACAGGCGUUUUCGUUACCUACAAAACGCGGGCUUUUUAAUCGAGCCAAAAGCAGUACUAAUUGGUGAGAUAAAUGAUAAUAAGAAAAGUCGUGAUACCACGCUUUAUACAAAAAAAAAUGUACUGCAUCUUUAAUUCCAUUGCGCAAAGUGCUAACUAUGUUCCUACAAUUACCUAAUGUGUUCAACGAAAUAAUGAAUUUUAUUAAAUGUGAACUUGCUCAAGUUCAACACGUAUAUUCCAGCGUUUAUAAUGGCGAAUAUUGGCGAAAAAUUUCUGAGAAUUUCGGUGAGAAAACUGUAAUAGGAUUGUUCUUAUACAACGAUGAUUUCGAAGUAUGUGAUCCUCUCUCGACGUCAAGAACUGUUUAUAAAAUCGCAGGUUGUUAUUUUUCAAUUGCAGGUAUACCGCCAAAAUUCGCAUCGAUGUUAGAAAAUGUAUUUUUAGCGCAGUUUAAUUUGACUGCUGACCAAAAAGAGCUUAAAAAUGCAAGAUGUUUUAAGGAUCUUAUUGCUGAACUAAAUUCAUUAUUUGAUGAACCUGUAACAAUUUGUGUUGAUAACAAAAGUAUCAAAAUACAUUUUGUUGUUGUAGGUAUACUUGGCGAUAAUUUAGGAGUAAACAAUUUGUUCGGUUUUAAUCAAAGCUUUGUAGCUUGCUAUUAUUGUAGGUUUUGUAAAUGUGAUAAAUUUGAAGCAAAAGUACUCUGCGCAGUUAAUAAAAAUAAGAUAAGAACUACGACUAAUUAUACCGAAGAUUUAGAGCAACGAACAAACGGAGUUAAAAGUGAAUGCGUUUUUAAUCAGUUGUACGUUUUUCAUAACGUUACGAAUCUUACGUGUGACUUGAUGCAUGAUUUUUAUUUAGGGGUAUGUAGAUAUGAUAUGUCAAUGAUUAUUCAUUCUUUUAUACAAAAAGGAUAUUUUGAUAUCGUACAGCUUAAUGACAGAUUGAAAUAUUUCGAUGCCUCGGACGCAGAUCACGGAAACAAACUAUCAUCGAUAGAGGAAUCGAAAAUUGUUGGCGGUUAUCUAAGUAUUACGGCAGCCGAGAUGUCAUAUUUAAUUACCUAUUUUGGCAUUAUAAUCGGUGAUCUUGUUCCGGAGGACGAUUUAUCAUGGGAACUGUAUUUAACAUUGUUUGAUAUUAUUGAUUUAAUAACUCAAGCUUCUAUAACUGAAAAUGAAAUUUCUUAUUUAAGUCAAUUAUUGAAAUCACAUAACGAGCUGUAUAUACAAAUUUUCGAUGAACCGUUAAAACCAAAACACCAUAUUAUUUUGCACUAUCCCGAUUGUAUUAGAGCAAUGGGACCUACUAAGCAUUACUCGUGUGAAAAGUAUGAAGCCUUUCACAAGAAAGCUAAACAGUGUGCUCGUGUUGUGACUUCAAGAAUUAACAUCAUUCAUACUUUAUCAACAAAAUUGCAGCUUGAAUUAGCUUAUCGUUUUUAUAUAAAUAAGGAGUUUAAAAAUAUAAUUGAGUUUGGGGCUCUCAAAAAAAAGGUGACUGAAAAUGUAGACAACGAAGUUAAUUUUGUAAAAAUUAAUGGAGCUCUGUAUCGACCAAACUAUGCAAUAUUUUUGUACAACGAUGAGUCUGACAAUCCUGUAAUUGGUUUGAUCGAAAAAAUCGUAAAAACUACUGAGAAUAAAAUAUUUUUUAUGUACAAAGAUUGUCAGACGAUUGGUUUUCUAAAUAGUAUGAAAUGUUACGUUAUACAGUUACCAUCUAAAAUGCAGAAAGAAAAGUGGUUUUUGUAUAAUUUAAAUUAUUAUAUGCGACCUAUAAAAAUUCAUGUAACAGCCGAAGGAAAGUAUGUAGUAUCUUGUAGAGAUUUAUAAUGUUUAAAUAAAUAGAUGUUCAAAGUAA